CAUAUUUUGAAAAGCUACGUUCUAGAACUGGAUCCUUCUUGAAUAGUGGACAACCGAGGCGAAUUGGUAAUUUUCUUUCGCAUACCUGAACUGCGAUAGCAUAUAAAUUCGUUUCCAUCGAGAAACGCGACGAACCAUAGUCUGUUUUAAUUCACGACCUCCUCAGUGCACCAUGCUGAUUUACGGCGACGUAGCGCACCAAGUAUGCGGAUGGAACGCGGUGGACGUCCUCGUCGACGGAUUGCUCCAGCACGGCCGUGCCAUCAACACCGUGGAGAGCGGCCUUAUCGUGGAUUUCGAGUGUACCACCCAGUGCGCGCAGCACGUCGAAUUCGGCAACAUCUUCCACACCGAGCAUUUCUACAACAACGCCUACAACCCGGGUGACGCGGUGCAGGUGCUUUUGCGCCCCCAUCCCACCGCGCCCUGGACGUGGUACCCGGGGAAGGCGGUGGCCCUGGGAGAGUACGACCCCCAGGGGCGGGGCCGCGAUGCGCAGUACGUGGAAGUGCAGCUGCCGUACGGCGCCGUCAUGCAGCUGGUCCCCCGUUUCCAGGUCCGCCGACCGCCCUCGGAGGACGAUUGUGAGGGCGCGCGGGUGGAGGGGUGGGCGUUUGUCACCCGAUGCUGUCAGCUGCCGGCCGACUGGGAUAAAGUUCUGCCCGCGGUGCGGGAGCGCUUCCAGUUCUCACUGAAUCAGCAUCGUCUACUGUGCACCGUCGUACACGGCCAGACACUACUCUAUCUGCAGCGCGAAGCUGGCACCCCAAUCACAGCUCAGAAAGUGGAAGAAGCCUUUGAACUAGCGAAGAAUCCGAAGCCGGAUAGCGGCACGUCCGUGUCACCGAGGACGAAGCGGAAAUUUUGGCGGACCAGUGCACCGCGACUAAAACGCCGGAUUUCUUGUCUGUACAACGACGAAGCCGAGACCGAGCCGAGCCUGUCCCUUCCCCCGGAAAUACUGCUGGAGAUCUUCCAGACCCUGGACUCGAUUGAGCGCAUCCGCUGCCAGCGUGUGCAUCCCCUGUGGAACCUUCUUCUCACCACCGACGCCCACUUCCCCGUGGUGCGCGUCUCCGGGAUGGGCAAUGACUACGGAGACGUGCUGUAUCCGCAGCAGCACAUCUACUGGGUUUUGGCCGGUCUGCUGACAUGUCUCAACAGCCGCACCACGAUGCUGGUUCUGACCGAUGUGGAGGAAACUCAUGCGUCGGAUGAUCUCGUCAAACUGAUCCCGUACAUUCGCGGGAAUCAGCGCGUACCGGUGCUGGUGCUGUUUAAGUGCAAGUUCGAUCACGGGCUGCACAUGUCCCGUUUGGUGGCAGCCUGUUUUGCACUUGGUGAGAGAUUGAUAUGGAAGAACUGUACCCUAGAGGAUGGCAAACUGAAGGCAGUAGUAACGCAGUACACCUUUCGCCAACUGUCAUCCGAGCAGAUGGAACGGCAGCUGUGGGAUCUGUUCGAGAGCAAUCUGGUUCUCACGAAGCCGCUGAAUCGGCCGGCGAUUUCCCAGUGGUUCGUCGACUGCGUGGCUCAACGGCGCCAGGACCGAUUAUACGAGAUUGAGCGGGUGCUCGACUCUUAUCACAGCCGCGAUCCGCGGUCGCCUGCAAAUUCCCGUCCGCAGAAAUGGACGCGGUCCGCUCUGCGUGCAGUGGAUAUCAGCCAGCUGACCGUCCUGACAGUAGCUGCAUUGGACAAAGUAAUGAACCCUCCGGCAGCGAAAUAGACAGACUGUUCCGGAUUGGUUCUCUUCUCAUUAACUUUGUCUGUUGUUGAUGUUUUCUCGUUUUGAAUUACCUUUUUGUCAGCCUUACUGCUGAUCUUUGUUCGCCACUUCGCAGUCGGUAUAUUCUCAUUGCGGAUCGAAAGAGACAUCCAUUAAUCUUUAAUAAUAACGGUCACUUCAUUUAGCUA